CAACAUGAACAUAGUACAGAUCUAUGCCCCAACAAACGAUGCCUCGGAUGAUGACAAGGAUGCUUUUUACAGCCGGCUCCAGGGGGUCAUCGACAAACUACCAAGGAAAGAUGUCAACAUCAUGAUGGAAGAUGCUAAUGCCAAGAUUGGGCAGGACAACGUAGGUUAUGAGGGAAUCAAGGGACAACACGGCCUGGGACAAAUGAAUGAGAACGGGGAGCGAUUCCCAAAUCUCUGUGCUUUCAACAGUCUUGUCAACGGAGGCUCUGUUUUUCCCCAUAACAAGAUCCACAAGGCUACUUGGGCUGGUUUUCGGAAAAAUCGGUCAACCACGGACCAGAUUGCUACCCUGAGGAUCAUAAUGGAACAGUCCCUGGAGUGGAACUCCCAGUUGAUCAUCAACUUUCUAGACUAUGAGAAGGCAUUUGACAGCAUAGACCGAGCAACACUCACGAACAUGGAACUUGUCAUGAGCAUGAUAGCCAAAACGCUUCCCUGCAUUCAUGACUUUUUGUAUCCAAUGGAUUGUGUAUCCUCCUGA